AUGACUAUCUCUGCAGCAGAAACCACCGCAACAUCGGAUGCCUACACAACUACCACGGGGACGAAGGACGCUGAGACGACCACCGAAAUCAUCACGACCGCAACAUCAACUGACCAGACAACGACCACUGCCGCGCCAGAGACUGAGACAACUACCGACAUCAUGACCACUAUAACUUCCGAGGCAGAGACCACUACAGCCGCUGCCGAGGCCGGCCCGACCUUUCAAAUAAUUGCUAGCGGCGGCUCUGCAGAUGGCGCAGCUCUGCAAGCUCCGGACACCAUGGAGGCUGACGUAGUAACGUUUAAUCCUCCCGCCUCCGAAGGGUUCCGACCAAGAACAUACAUCCUCGAGCCUAACACCGGCCGAGUCAAGGAUCAGGACAACGGCCGGUACCUGUGCGGAUACUAUCAAUGGACUGGCUCAGUUCAGUCAGUUCAGCCAGCCUAUGUUCAAGCCUGUACAGGUACCCCCGGUCCCAACCAGCCUGCCGAGUACCUGAACUGUGAGAUCUUUGAAGGCACGCUCUUUUGCACGCUUCCGCAAGCCAUAUGCUACCAGGAAGAAAUAGGCAUGGAUGUAACAUGCGUAACUUCUCGCAAUGGGAUUUAUGAUACCGUUUAUGACCCUGGGGCUGGUAAUCAAUAUAUCCUUAUUGGCGGAACUGGUAUCAAUUUGGCGCCUAUUGAACUUAUUGCUCAAGAAGUAUAA